UUACAAGGGUUCCUAAAAAGUUUGAUAUAUGUACCAUGACCUGCAUUGAUCUUCCAGAGAAAGCCAGCUACAGAGAAAGAAGGCAUUUAUACAGAAAUGUUGACACUGCUGGUACUGAUUGUUUCUUCACUUGUGAUUGUUUCCGGAAAUGUGGAAACUGCAUCACCACAAUUCUCAGCAAUGUUUGCAUUCGGAGACUCAUUAACUGAUCCAGGCAAUAACAAUUACCUUACCUCGUUGGCCAAAGCAAAUUACGUGCCCUAUGGCGUUGAUUUCUAUCAAGGCCAGCCCUCUGGUAGAUUCUGUAAUGGAAAAACUGUCAUAGACUUGCUCGGAGAAUUGUUGGGACUUCCGCUUCUUCCAGCAUAUGCAGAUCCAUUAGCCACCGGGCAAAACAUUCUUAAGGGGGUCUGUUUUGCCUCAGCUGCUGCAGGCAUCCUCGACGAGUCAGGACAGAAUCUAGGUGAACGAUUCAGCUUUAGGCUCCAGGUCCAAAACUUCGAGAGCAUCUUAAAUCAAUUAAAGAAUGUUAUGGAUGAUCAGGAGCUUACAAAAUAUUUGAGGUCAUCUUUAGCAGUAGUGAUUCUCGGUAGCAAUGAUUACCUUAAUAACUAUCUGCUGCCUUCUUUAUAUGCCUCUAGCUACAUCUACAAUCCUGCAGAUUAUGCCGAUCUCCUCAUAAAGCACUACACAAGGCAUAUCCUAGCACUUUACAGUCUAGGACUGAGGAAAUUUUUCCUGGUCGGAAUUGGACAACUUGGUUGCAUUCCUAAUCAGCUAGCCACCAGCCGACCUCCACCGGGGAAGUGUGUAUCUUCUGUAAAUGACAUGGUCGGACAGUUCAACAUACAACUUCGAUCAUUAAUUGAUCAGCUAAACAAGAGCCACCUUGAUGCAAUCUUUGUUUAUGGCAACACAUACGGUGCAUUUGGCGAUAUUCUAAAAAAUCCUCAUGCCUACGGAUUUACUGUUACGGAUGAGGGGUGUUGUGGCAUAGGAAGAAACAGAGGGCAAAUAACGUGUCUUCCAUUAACAAUACCUUGCAUGAACAGGAAAGAACAUGUGUUUUGGGAUGCAUUUCAUCCGACUGAGGCUGUGAAUCGAAUUCUGGCUACAAGGGCUUACUCAGGACCUCCUGAUGACUGUUAUCCAAUCAAUGUACAACAAAUGGCAGACUAUCGUUAACUUCUGCUAAUAUGUGAUUAUCGAGUAUCAAAUUUUUUUUA